UCUCUCUCUCUCUCUCUCUCUCUCUCUCUCUCUCUCUCAAAAAUGGAGUCUCUCUCUAAACUGAACUACCGUCACCAACCCAUUCACCUCUCAGUCAAUCACCACCGUCCAUCAUUCCAAAGGCCCAUUUCUUCCCUCUCUUUCAGGACCCCACCAUCAUCAUCAUCAUCAUCAUCUCAAUCUUCACCGUUCAAAUCAUUCUCUAUCAAAGCCUCAUCCUCCUCCUCCUCCUCCGCUUUUCCCCAAAACCCUAAACCCCAGCUCUCCAAAACCCUAGCCCCUCUCCUCAAAACCACAUGCGUCACCGUCGCCGCCGCCGCCGCAUUAUUCUUUAUUCGGUUCCAACACAAACCCGCCUUCGCCGCCACCGCCACAGCGCCACCGCCCACGGUGGAGGAGUCGAUUAACACCGAAGAAACGGAGCGCAGCAUUGAAGACCGGUUGAGCCAAGACCCAGAAGACGUCGAAGCUCUAAAGUCCCUCAUGGAGGUCAGAAUCAAAGCUCGGAAGUUGAAAGAAGCUAUCCAAGUCAUUGACCGUCUCAUCGAGCUCGAACCAGAAGAGUUCGAGUGGCCAUUGUUGAAAGCAAACAUUUUUAGCUACAUGGGGGAGCAAGAAUUGGCCAAAAGUAAGUUCGAGGAGAUCUUAGAGAAAGACCCAUUACGCGUCGAGGCCUAUCAUGGCCUUGUUAUGGUUUCUUCUGAACUAUCUGAUGAGAAUAUGUUGAAGGAACUUGCGAAAAGGGUUGAGGAGGCAACGGAGAAGUGCGAUAAGCUUGGAAAGAAGUCAGACGCGAGGGAUUUCAAGCUCUUGGUGGCGCAGAUUAAUGUUGUGAAAGGGCUCUAUAACGAGGCAUUGAGGAUUUAUGAGCAGCUUGCGAAAGAGGAACCGAGAGAUUUUAGGCCUUAUUUGUGUCAGGGAAUUUUGUAUACUCUGCUGAGUAAGAAAGAUGAGGCUGAGAAACAGUUUGACAAGUUUCGAAGGCUUGUGCCCAAGAAUCACCCUUACAAGGAGUAUUUUGAUGAUAAUAUGUUUGCAACAAAGAUUUUUGCUCAGAGAGUAGAAAGGGAGAGAAAGAGUUCGAGGCGUUGAGAGAAUGGCUGAUUGGCAAUGGGAAUAAUUCAUAGGCGAUGACUGCCUUGUUUUACAGUGAGUUUUUCUUUUAUUUUAUUUAUUUUUGGUCUUUUCUUUUAGAAGGUUGGGGGAGGCUAAAUGGCUGAUGCUUUGGGUAGUGGUUUUGUUUGGAUAGUAGGAAGGUAGGGUGAUAUUAUGAAAAUUAAUGAAAGGUUCGGUGGGGUUUAAAGUUUAGUUGAAUUGUUAUUUGUGUCUAAACUUUUGGUAGAUAGUGAGGAGUUUAACAUAGUAAUGAUUCUGAUGCGGAAAUUGUUGUUGUUUCAUUAUGGUUUUCUUCUUAUGGCAUUAUGUUAUUGGUAUGGUUUAAUGUA